AUGGAGGGCGCGGCGAACGGGACCCUCCACCCGUCCUGCGGCGCCACCGAGCCGCCCUACUCGCUGGAGCUCCUGCGGAACCUUGACUUGGCAGGUGUAUUUCUCUUUGCAAUGUUGACUCUGAUGACACUGAUUGCCAAUCUGGUGUUUAUGGAGGAAGUGGGCUAUAUCUAUAGAAAAAUCCCCUCCUCCAAAAGAUCAAUUUUAAUUUGGAUAAACGCCGCAGCUCCGGUGAUUGCUACUACCUCAUGCAUUGGGAUGUGGAUUCCUCGCUCAACAAUGUUUACAGAUUUCACAGCAGCAGUAUUUUUUGCCAUAGUUAUCCACAAGUUCCUGCUGAUGAUGAUUAACGAGUGCGGCGGUCAAAAGUUGUUCCUCAGGCGGUUUGAAAAUGGUUGCUUCAAGAUCAGUACAGGCCCCUGCUGUUGCUGCUGCCUUUGCCUCCCUGGUGUGCGCAUCACUAGGCGAACCCUCCUUUGGCUGAAGUUGGGCACCUUUCAGUUUGCUUUCUUUCGACCUGUGUUCAUGUUUCUGUCAAUAGUGCUUUGGACCAAUGGCAAUUACAGUCCUUAUGAUUUAUCUCUUGAAGGAGCUGCAAUAUGGAUUAACUGCUUCAUUGGUAUCCUUACCAUUAUUGCUCUGUGGCCAAUUGGAAUCAUGUUUCGACAAGUUAGGGCUAUCCUUAACUGUAAGAAAAUCAUCCCUAAGUUUGCUCUUUAUCAGUUUAUCCUCAUUCUGAGCCACCUGCAAGCAGCUAUUAUCAACAUCCUGGGUAUGCAAAGAAUUAUUCCCUGUGUUCCACCACUCUCCUCUUCAGCAAGAGGAGCAUAUAUGACCCAACAGCUUCUCAUCAUGGAGAUGUUUCUGAUAACCCUAAUCUCAAGGGUGGUCUAUCGGAGAAGAUAUGAUGAUCUAGAACCUCCAGAGUGUACCCCUGAAGAAAGUGGAGAUAACAAGCAGACUCCUAAGAUUAUCCUAAAUGGUGCAGUUACUGAAGAUGGAUUAUUGGGGAUUUAGAAGGUCUCUGGGCUCCUACUCUGCAGGAGCUGGAAGCUCAGCUUUAGGAGCUUUUAUAUCCUUGCAACACAAAUAACAACUGCCAUGUCAGAACAGCUUCUGGUAUAAAUACCCAUGAACUGUACUGAAAGGACCAGGAAGGAUAACCCCCUUUUUCCCCCAGUGAUAUAUACAUGGUGUGAGCAUUUUCAUACCAUGUAAUUUAGUGAGAUUUCAUACUGUGUAAUUUUACCCUAUUGUCAAACACUUGAU